CAAACUCCCUAUACGAACUUGCCACCUUUACCUCGUGAUCCCAAUGAAACCCUCGAGACCAUCCGAGCUCGCUUGACUUAUCAAUCUCGUAAGCGUGGAAUCCUCGAAACAGAUCUGUUAUUGUCUACUUUUGCGAAAGAUCAUCUCAAGAGCAUGUCCUUGGAAGAAUGUAAACAGUUUGACAAAUUUAUGGAUGAGCCUGAUUGGGAUAUCUAUUACUGGGUCACAGGCAAGAAGGAGGUACCGGACCGAUGGAAGAAUAGCCCUGUCUUCGAACGCAUUCGCAAGCAUGCCAAGAACGAAGGUCGUGUUGUCCGUCAGAUGCCUGCACUUUAA